AUGAAAGAUCUCUUGCGGAUUCAUGCCCAAAUCCUAACAUCUGGAUUGCAUUCCCACAGACAUGUGAUUCGUGAAAUCACCCGAUUUUGCACUUCAAAGCACUUUGGCAGCUCAAGUUAUGCAAGGCUUGUGAUUCAACACUCCGAAAUUUCUAAGCCUUCGUCAUCGAACAAUGUCAUCAGGGUUUGUACCACCAGGAAAGGAAACAAUGGGGAUUUGUAUAGAGAAAGAGAAACCAUAUUGAAUUUCAAACAGAUGCAUUCUUCACAUAUUAGACCCUUUGAGCUUACAUACGCUUCUGUAUUUAAAGCUUGUGCCUCGAUGUUGGCCUUUGAAGAAGGCCGGCAGAUCCAAGUCAACUGCCUGAAACGUGGUUUGGAUUUCGAUGUCUAUGUGCGGAACACCAUGAUUCAUUUCUAUGCGUCUUGCAAGAAGAUCAUUAACGCACGACAACUGUUCGAUGAAAUGUCGUACAGAAGUGUUGUUUCUUGGAACACUAUCAUUUCUGCUUUCUUUCAUGUCUCGUGGUUCUAUGAAUCAAUACUGUAUUAUACAAAGAUGAGAAACAUUGGGAUCGAGCCAGAUGGAACUACAAUGGUGGUGAUGCUCUCUGUUUGUGCUGAGCUUGGGAACUUGACAAUGGGGAAAUGCGUUCAUACUCAAACAAUUGCAAAAGGAUUAGAACUUAAUUGUCAAUUAGGAACAUCACUCGUUAACAUGUAUGCCAAAUGUGGGGCUUUAAAUUAUGCACAUUUAGUGUUCGACAAAAUGCACAAUCGAAAUGUGUGGACAUGGAGUACAAUGAUUCAAGGAUUAGCCCAACAUGGAUUCGCUACACAUGCUCUAACACUUUUCGAGAAAAUGGAACUCACUAAAAUCCAACCUAACCAUGUGACAUUUCUUGGGGUUCUUUCUGCUUGUAGCCAUGGUGGAUUAGUGAAAGAUGGGUAUCGAUUCUUUAAACAAAUGAAGGGCGUUUUUGGAAUUAACCCUCGGAUGACACACUAUGGUGCAAUGGUGGAUGUUUUAGGAAGAUCUGGUUGCCUCAAUGAAGCAUAUGAUUUCAUUUUGAAAAUGCCAAUUAAACCUGAUCCAACUGUGUGGAGGACUUUGUUGAGUGCAUGUAAUGUUCAUGGUGGAAAUGACUUUGAUGGAGUUGGUGAAAAGGUUAAAAAAAGAUUACUUGAAUUGGAGCCAAAGUGGAGUGGCAAUUUGGUAAUUAUUGCAAAUAGAUAUGCGAAUGUAUGCAAAUGGGAGGAGGUAGAAAAAGUGAGGAAGAGUAUGAAGGUUAAAAAGAUGGUUGGAGAGAGUUGUAUUGAAGUAAAAGGUUCCACCUUUAGAUUCUUAUCGGGAUAUGUUUGUAAAGCUUCUUGUGUGAAUAUUUACUUGUUAUUAUAUGGUUUGAAUUUGAACAUGAAGAUUAAUGAUCCAUAA